CAGUGACUAGAGAGACCCAAAAGCUUUCCCUCUUCUCUUCCCCUCACUUGAUUCUUAUAUUAAUACAACACAACAAUAACUAUCAUUCCCUCUCCAUCUCUUUCCAAACCCCAUUGCACGCGCUCUCAACUCAAGGAAGGAUUUUGGAUGCUGUGGGCUUUUUCUCAUGGAAACAAAAGGGCCUGUUGUUGAUGCACCAAAAAAAUCAACCCUUACACCUAAGGCUAUAAUACACCAAAAAUUUGGCAAUAAGGCUUGCUACAUGGUAGAGGAAGUGAAGGAGGAUGAUCAAACUGAAUGUCCAGGAUUGAGUAUUCCACAGACGGGACCCUGCCUUUAUCGUUGUACAUUGCAGCUUCCAGAACUUUCUGUCAUUUCGGGGACCUUUAAGAAAAAGAAGGAUGCUGAGCAAUCUGCGGCAGAGAUUGCUAUAGAGAAGCUUGGCAUUUGUACAGAGACUGUUGAUCCCACUCCGCAGGAAGCACAGGAAAGUUUGGUUGUUCGAGUUGAAUACUUAUUUUCAGAAAAAUUUCUUAUAUGUGAUCAUCCACUCAGUGGUCACAUUCGGGCAUGUUUGUGGAGGAAAGGUGAUCUUUGCGGAUUGGUUCCUAUUUCUGUUAUCGCUGCGUAUGAUGCAAAGCUUUUUAGCUUGUGUAGAUGUAUUAAUCCAGAGGUGGAGUCAAACUCACUUUUGGUUAUUGGGCACAUAAUGAGGGCCGCCAGUACAAAGUUACAUGAGUCUCUUGUUGUUUCUGAGCAGCAUCUCUGGAUUAGAAAGCAGAGUCCAUAUCCGCAAGACAUUAUAGAGUCAUUGAUGAAGGAAGAUGGUUCACAGGAAUGCCUUCAGGUUGCUGCCAUACGCAUUCCUAGUUCAGUGGAGCAAUCUAUUGAAGCAGUGACUCUUCAUAUUUCUUUAAAAGAAUACUACCUUGAUAUCAUUGCAAAUGAACUUGGUUUUGAAGAUGCUGCCAAUGUUCUGAUUUCAAGAAAUUUGGGUAAAGCUUCUUCUGAGAUGAGGCUGUUUUUUGCUGCUCCUAAUUCAUAUGCACUGGAUCCAUCUUCUAUAGUGUCAAAUGGAAAAGAAAGUCUUUAUUCUGAGGGGUCUCUGAAUUUAAGGGCAAGUUACUUAUCCGGGCAAGAUAUAUUUGGAGAUGCCAUAUUAGCAUCCAUUGGAUAUACACGAAAAUCUAGAGAUCUCUUCUAUGAGGAUGUCACGGUUCAGUUGUAUUACAGGAUGCUUCUAGGGAAGACCCCUGCUGGCAUUUAUAAAUUAUCCAGGGAGGCAAUCCUCACAGCUGAGUUGCCUUCAAGAUUCACCACAAGAGCAAACUGGAAAGGAUCUCUUCCCAGGGAUAUACUUUGUAUGUUUUGCCGCCAGCACCGUCUGUCUGAACCUCUCUUUUCCAUUAUUCAUCCUUUCAAAACACCAUCUGAAUCAUCAGAAUCAUAUUUGAAGGUUGCAGCAUCUGGCAUGAAUAUGAUUGAAUGUGUCAAUGGGGCCUCUGUAGCCACAAAUUCAAAGCAUUUAGAUUCAGAGGUGUUUAAAUGUGAAAUAAAGUUAACAUCUAGGUUUGGAGAUUUAAUACUUCAGUGUUCCCCCAAGGGUUGUUAUAAGAAACAGAAUGAUGCUAUUCAGAAUGCUUCCUUGACCCUUCUAUCAUGGAUGAACAAGUAUUUUAAGAGUAUGAUUGUUCCUUUUGAGCAGCUUGAUGAGACUGGAGACAACUUCGAGGUUCAGAUUUGUUCUGAAACCAUUUUCAGAGAGAUUUUUGACGGUCAAUCAAUUCACAACGGUCAGCUUGAUGGAAUUCGAUGCAAUAAAUUAGUUGAAUCAAUUUAUAUGAAUUCAUCAUAUGAUGCUCUUAAAACUGGAGUACGCUCAUUAAACAUUGAGGGUUCAGAUUCUGGCAACUGUCCAUGCAGUGGAUCUUUACCUUGUAUAAGAUAUUCAGUUUCUUUGGUCGUGGAGGGUGAGAAUAUAAAAGAAGUUAUUGAAGUUUGUAAUGAGUUUGAGUUUGAGGUGGGGGUUGGUGCUGUGAUUUCCUAUGUUGAGGAGGUUGUGAUGCAGAUGUCUGUUGGCCAGCAUGCUUAUUUCACUACAAACUUACUCACUUCUGAUUUGAUUUUUGCUUCAGCUGGUGAUUCAGUCAAAAUGCUUGCCUUGCUAUCUUGUAAAGAUUGCUAUAUGGAGUAUGAAAUAGGUUUGACCAAGGUUGCAGAACCUCCUGAGGAAAGAAUGGAGCAAGCUCUUUUCAGCCCUCCACUUUCAAAACAACGGGUGGAAUUUGCAGUGCAACAUAUCAUAGAAUCCCAUGCUACUACAUUGGUUGAUUUUGGAUGUGGAUCUGGAAGCUUGUUGGAAGCAUUAUUAAACUAUCCAAUAUCUUUAGAGAAAAUUGCUGGUGUUGAUAUUUCACAGAAGGGUCUUGCCCGUGCUGCAAAGGUACUUAAUUCAAAACUAGUCACAAAUUCAGAUGCUGGUGUGCAAUGGACAAGCAUAAAAUCCGUAGUUCUUUAUGAAGGUUCAAUUACAAAUUUUUGUUCCAGGUUGCAUGGAUUUGAUAUUGGUACUUGUUUAGAGGUGAUUGAACAUAUGCAUGAAGACCAAGCUUGUCUAUUUGGGGAUGUGGCAUUAAGUUGUUUUUGUCCUAGGAUUCUCAUUGUUUCUACCCCAAAUUUUGAAUACAAUGUAGUGCUCCAGAAGUCGAAUCCUCCAACCCAAGAACAACAUGAGGAAUCAGACGAUCAAAGCCUCUUACAAUCAUGUAAGUUUCGCAAUCAUGACCACAAAUUUGAGUGGACCAGAGAGCAGUUCAGACAAUGGGCAUCUGAGUUAGCUGCACGACACAAUUACAAUGUGGAGUUUAGUGGGGUUGGUGGUUCUGCUGAUGUUGAACCUGGCUUUGCUUCACAGAUUGCUGUGUUUAAAAGGGAAUGGAACCUUGAAGAUGAUGUACUAAAGCAUACUGAUAUUGAACACCAUUAUAAUGUAAUAUGGGAAUGGAAUAGUGGAAACAAAUAAUUAAAAAAACUAUAGUGUGAUGAUACUUGUACAGUUCUUUUAGGUACUGAGAUUACUGGGCUUUUUGAAAGAAGACAAGCAAAAAUGAAUGGAUGCUAGGAGAGAAGGAAAAGAGGAUUUGAGAGAUUUAGGUAGAAUGUCUUGUGACUUUUGAGUUUUGACAGUUCAUUUACUAGUCUGAUUUGAUUGCUAGAUAAAGUGCUCCAAGAUAUUUUGUGGAGGAUGGACAAUAAAAAAUAGGAUUUUAGUAGAAGGAUAUAAAGAUAAUUGUCGAAUUGAAGGGAAAGGCAAUCUGCCUUGUAUUUGGUUGAAUCAUAAACA